AACAACGAACAGGUAGACAUCCCCGAUCUCAACAUCUACGCCGAACUUCGGGGCCCCAGCAUCAUCACGCCAUCCAUCAUCUACCGCAACGGACCAAACGCCGGGUAUGACGUCACGUUCACUCCGCACGUGGCCGGGAAGUACAAUGUGCUUAUCCGAUUGGACCAUACACGUGGCGUGGGUGACGUCAGCUGCACCAUGGACACCACACAUCUGUUACUGGAGAAUGUCACUCUGUCAGAGGAGUACCGAACUGUCAUUGUGGCACCCAGCAAUAUCAGU